CUAGUGUGUUAAGAACACAUUCUUAUUUACAAUGACGGCCUACCCCGGCCAACUUUUGCACAGCCCUAUGGGACUCCCAAUCACGGCCGGAUGUGAUACAGCCUGGAAUCGAACUAGGGACUUUCGUGACGCCGCUUGUCCUGAGAUGCAGUGCCUUAGACCGCUGCGCCCCUCGUGGGCAUUACAUCAAAUGUGAAAUGAUUUGGUAAGAUAUUAGGAACAUGAUCAAGUUGCUGAUCACAUGAAUGUUGGUUGAAUAAUCUUCAUCGAAGAAACCAAAAAUGAAAUGUCUUUUGCACCAGCAAUUUUUGUUGACAUCACACCGCGUCAACCGCAACCCCAUGCCGCUUUGUACAGCGGCACUUUUCCCACAAGAUCGGAGCAGCAGCGAGACGAAUCACUUGCAUAGCAUCAGUCAGCUUGGGAACAAGGACAAGCUGAGCUGCUGCGCUGGUCUGACGAAGCAGCAACAAGAACCAGACAAAUAUACAUUUGAGCCACAUAAAGGGCGGUCAAUCCGCGAUAUGGUUGUCGGAGCAUGGAAGCUCCAGAAGACGUGUCGGUCCGUGACCAGCUUUCCCACGACCGAGUCAGAGAGACCAUAAUCUGUGUCCUGCUUUUCAUCUGUCUCUACAUCAUCUCCUAUCUGGUCAUCAUCCACUGCAACAGGAAUGCUGAGUUCACCACAGGUACGUGUGAGUCUGUGAGGCCAAAAGUCAGGGGAGUGGAGGUCAGGUCACGUCACAGGCUGCAAGGUCUGCUGGGUUUCUGCAGCUCAGUACUCUACUGAUUAACUGUGUCCUGUGUAAAUCUAAGUGUGCGUUCUCUAAUUCUCUCCUUCUCUCUUUCUUUCUCUCUCUCGGAGGACCUGAGCCCUAGAACCAUGCCCCAGGACUACCU